CCUUUUCUGACUUACCUGAGUAGCACUCUCUUCUCUCUGCCGGCUCACUUGCUCACUUGCUCACCUCUCGCAAAACGAUGACCACCUGCAGCCGCCAGUUCACCUCCUCCAGCUCCAUGAAGGGCUCCUGUGGCAUUGGUGGUGGCUCUAGCCGCAUCUCCUCCGUCCUGACUGGAGGAUCCUGCCGGGCUCCCAGCACCUAUGGGGGCCUGUCAGUCAGCUCCUCUCGCUUCUCCUCUGGGGGAGCCUGUGGGAUUGGGGGUGGCUAUGGUGGGGGCUUCAGCAGCAGCAGCUUUGGGGGCGGCCUGGGUAGUGGCUUUGGUGGUGGCUUUGGUGGCGGUAUUGGUAGUGGCUUUGGUGGUGGCAGCUUUGGUGGUGGCUUUGGUGGUGGUCUUGGUGGCGGCUUCGGUGGUGGUGAUGGGCUCCUGGUGGGCAGUGAGAAAGUGACCAUGCAGAACCUCAAUGACCGUCUGGCCAGCUACCUGGACAAGGUGCGAGCCCUGGAGGAGGCCAACACUGACCUGGAGGUGAAGAUCCGCGACUGGUACCAGAGGCAGCGGCCCACUGAGAUCAAAGACUACAGCCCUUACUUCAAGACCAUCGAGGACCUGAAGAGCAAGAUCCUUGCAGCCACUGUGGACAAUGCCAAUGUCCUCCUGCAGAUCGACAAUGCCCGGCUGGCCGCUGAUGACUUCCGCACCAAGUAUGAGACAGAGCUGACCCUUCGCAUGAGUGUGGAAGCUGAUAUCAAUGGCCUGCGCCGGGUGCUGGAUGAGCUGACCCUGGCCAGAGCUGACCUGGAGAUGCAGAUUGAGAGCCUGAAGGAAGAGCUGGCCUACCUGAAGAAGAACCACGAGGAGGAGAUGGCCUCCAUGAAAGGCCAGGUGGGUGGAGAUGUCAAUGUGGAGAUGGAUGCAGCACCUGGUGUGGACCUGAGCCGCAUCCUGAAUGAGAUGCGAGACCAGUAUGAGAAGAUGGCGGAGAAGAACCGGAAGGAUGCCGAGGAGUGGUUCUUCACCAAGACUGAGGAGCUGAACCGCGAGGUGGCCACCAACAGCGAGCUGGUGCAGAGCGGCAAGAGUGAGAUCUCUGAGCUCCGACGCACCAUGCAGAACCUGGAGAUCGAGCUGCAGUCCCAGCUCAGCAUGAAAGCAUCUCUGGAGAAUAAUCUGGAGGAGACCAAAGGCCGCUACUGCAUGCAGCUGUCUCAGAUUCAGGAGAUGAUCAGCAGCGUGGAGGAGCAGCUGGCUCAGCUGCGCUGUGAGAUGGAGCAGCAGAACCAGGAGUACAAGAUCCUGCUGGAUGUGAAGACCCGGCUGGAGCAGGAGAUUGCCACCUACCGUCGCCUGCUGGAGGGCGAGGAUGCCCACCUCUCAUCCACCCAGUUCUCCUCAUCCUCCCAGUUCUCCUCUGGUUCUCAGUCAUCAAGAGACGUGACCUCCACCAAUCGCCAGAUCCGCACCAAGGUCAUGGAUGUGCAUGACGGCAAGGUGGUCUCCACCCACGAGCAGGUCCUGCGCACCAAGAACUGAGGCUGCUAGGCACUGCUCAGACCUAGAGGCCCAUGUGUGGACACAGACACUGCUGAAAGAACCCCUCUACUGUCCCCACACACUUCACCCCUUACGUGACCCUCCUCCCUCCUGGCAAUCAAUAAAGCUUCUUUUCUGAGUUGCACAA